AAUUUGUGUGUGUGAAGUUUUGGUAAAUGUUAGUGUGGAGUGUGGAGGCAGGGGGUAAAGGCAGCAGAUCUGGUUACUCAGCACUCCUGGCCCAUGAGGACAACAUGGAAUCAGACAGCAGACCUCGUUCCGUGGACGCUAACCGCGACGCCGACCCAAGCCGCCAGUCCCUGCGGAGCACUGGGAAACUUUCCGAGACAUCAUUCCGAAGCCAUAAACGGGACAAAUGCCGAAGGGACCAGGAUGAGAAGAGCUGUGCCAGUGACCGGGCAAGGACGAGGACUCGGGCCCCAGGUCGAGACCAGGACCGGAUGGCAGACGGAGAGCACCGGAGAAGCAGCGAAUCUUUUUACUCUGAGGACUACGAGAAUGUGUCGCCAUCAGAGCGCACGCUCUCACCGUAUUCCCGCACGCCCUCGCCGGGGCCGCGCCGAAGAGUACCCGCCAAGAGGGUCUCCAGCAGCCCCAUCCACAAAAUAGGUGUCCGUCGAGUCCUGUCUCGGCCACAGAGGGGGGGUCUCCAGCAGCAGAGAUGGGGCAUACGCUCCCAAAGCAAAGACUCUGCUAUGGCCCCUCCCAAGGACCUGGACCUGGUAACCAAGCGCAUGCUGUCCGCCCGCCUGCUGAAGAUCAACGAGCUACGCAACGCCCUGUCUGAGCUGCAGCUGCGCACCGAUGAGCUGCAGAAAGAGAACCGGGUCCUGAGACAGCUCCAGCAGCGUCAGGAGAAGGCCCUGCAGCGCUACGACGACACGGAGAGCGAGAUCUCGCAGCUUCUCACCCGCCACUCGAGCGAGACGCUGGCCCUGCGUGAGCGUCUGCGGCGGGCGCAGGAGAGGGAGCGUGCGGCGGAGCGCCGUUUGAAGGAGGCACAGGAGCAGCUCCAGAGGAGCCAGGCAGCCGUGGGGAGACUGAGGAAGCUGGCGGAGCAGCGCGAGCUAGGACCCAGGGAGGAGCUGAGCCGCAGGCUGGAGCAGGAGAAGGCCAACACCCUGGAGAACGAACGCAAGAUCAAGGAUCUGGAGCGCAGCGUGGAGCUAAGCAGCAGUAGCUACCAGAGGCAGCUGGCAGCAGAGAGGAAGAAGACCCUGAGCUCCCAGGAGGAGGUGAGGAGCCUGCAGGAGGAGCUGGAACGCCUCAGCAACAAGCUCAAGGAGAAGGAGAGGGAGCUGGACACCAUGAACAUCUAUGCAAACCGCAUGCUGAAGCCUUCGCCCAGGAAAGACCCUGACAACAGCACCAGGAAGAAAGCUCCCAACAGAAGCAGCACGAAGGCAGUUCAGACCGAAGACAGGAAGCUGAGCUUGGAUUUCCCCUCCCCACCCCCCGCCAUAUCCGACUGCAACGAGUACAGCGAACAGGCACCUGACGACUACCUUUCACUCAAGGAACUUGAUGAGACAGACAGGAGACCCCCGGUGACAGAGGAGAAGAAGAAGAAAGAGGAGCGAGACCAGCAGAGGAGGAGAUCCAAGGAAAAUGAGAAGGGGGAACUGAAGAGCGACAGGAAGGAGAACACGCUGGAUGAGAAGGCCAGACGACUGAGAGAAGGCUGGGAGAAGGAGGAAGAAGAGAGGAAGCAAAGGAACUUGAAAGAAGAAGAAAACAGGAGGCGUGGCCUGGUACAGGAAGAGGUUGAGAGGCGGAACCAGGAGGCUCUAGCUCGUCAAGAAGCGGCAGAGGAGGAGCGUCGCAGGAAGGAGCAGCUGUUGGCCAAGCUGCGUGAGAUUGACCAGCAGAACCAACCGCCCCCACGCCUGUUCUCCGACACAGACCCCGAUGAGUCCUCUGGCGCCGUGGUGCGUUCCCCACCCCGGUACUCAGAGCCAAGGAACCAGAACCAAUCCAUCUUCAGCUUUACAGAGCCGGAGGAGGUGGGGGGUCUCCAUGGGGGUGGGAAACCAAGAGGAGGAGGAGAGGAGGAGGGGGGAAUAUUGACCGGGAUGGGGAGGAGAGGGGUGAGGGCUCAACCAUCCACAGACGACUUGGCUUUUGGCAGCUACGCCCCCUCCUUUGGUCGCCCCGCCCCUCGAGGCCCAGGCUUCCCCCCUCCUCCUCCCAAAGAGGAGAAGGACGCCCACCUGGGGGGGGCGGAUAUUAGCUUUGGGGGAUCCGAGAAAGAAAGGGAAAAGGAGAAAGAGGAGGUAUGGGGUACGGGACGGAAGUCCAGCCUGAUGCAACAGCUGUUUGGACCGCCGUCCUCCUCCCAUCCCUUGGCCCCGCCCACUUUCUCCAGUCAGAUGGAUGUCCUCAACAGCACCCCCAACUCCACCGCUGGACGCAGCAAGAAGGACGGGCUGUUCCUCUUUGACCCUGAGUCCCCCCGCCCCGCUGCACCCCCGCCCCCCCUACUUAGUACCCUGCACGUUGCCGAGAGCCGGCCCACAGUCCGAGCCAUACCCUCGUUUGACGACGACAUAGAGGAACUCACCCUCUGAUUGGCUCUGAGAACUAUGCUGUUCAUUGACUAGUUGAAGAGGAAGUGUCUUCUUGUCACCACUUGACUCCUGAUGAUGUCCACAGAAGAAGCACUUCACUGAAUCGCUUUAAUUGUCAUUGCAGAUAAAUCCUGUUCUAUUGACAAGCUGAUUAUCCUGACUAUCCAUAUUAUCUAAACAUUCCACCAACACUGUGUCUUAUCAGGGGAAAUAAAACAGAAUUCCAUAUUCCUUCCUUUAGUUGUAUAAACUGCACUGAUCCUAUGGUACUUCCUUCAGCAACUGAGUGGUAUCCAUGGAGACAAUGACCACUGUUGCUCUGUAGACUGUCACAAUAUGUUUUUAUAUAUACAGUCGGCCCUUAUCCUUCAAAUGACUGUUUUUGUGUACCAUGAGUUUCUGUGUUAAAAUCAAAUAUAGUCUCUUGAAAUGUUACACCUCAGUUGAUAUUUUGCAUUAACUCAGGUAAAAUGACUGAGGCAGAUGUUAGUUUUGUGCAUAUGAAAACUACAGCGAGGUGAAAGUUACAGGAUUUGAGAUCACCUGUAUGUCCCCCAAAAGUAAAACGGUGUUGAAUAAUUAUUUAUUAAUUAUAUAUUUUUCAUAUUUUGAUGUAUAACUGUAAUUAGCUUGAAUUGUGAAAUAGCUAUUUGUCUAAGAUAGCUAGUAUAUGAAUGUAUGUUAUUUUAGUCCUAUAUUCCAUUGCAGUCUACAGUUAGGUGCAUAGUAACAAUCCCUCCAAAUGUUAUUUAUUUUAAUACAUUUUAGAUGGCUACAAUAAUGUAUACUUAGUCAUUAUGUAAGUCUCUUUUUUUGCGGUGAGUUUUGAAUUAUGAGUUUGAGUAGUAUUAGGAGAGUGUUUAAUAGCAUUUAUACUUUGUUUCAUUCAUGUGACGUCUUAUUGGAGUGUAAAAAUGGAACAUGGUGAAAAGUUCCUACUGUGACCGUGUUGCCAAAAGACAAACUGAAUCUGAGGCUUUUAAAAGGCCCUGAGCUUGGCCGUUUUUCGGGAAACAAGGUGGGCUACACCAUGCCAAACACUUAAAAAUGGUUGAAUCCAUGUUAAGUACUAAAAUGCCAGUAAGCAAGUAGUAAAACAAGAGUUUGGAGUCAUUUGAAUUUGUUAUUGAAAAAAAAUAUAUAUAUCAGAGCAUUAAACAAUCAAUAGAAUAUUCUCUUGUUUUAGA